UUUUAUAAAGGUAAUGAGUAAAAAAAGAGAUUCCAUACACUAUGUCUGGUGAAGUUUUUAGCACAACUUUGGCAUAUACAAAGAGUCCAAAAGUCACCAAAAGAACUACUUUCCAGGAUGAGCUAAUAAAAGCAAUUACAGCUCGCUCAGCCAGACAAAGGAGCUCUGAAUACUCAGAUGACUUUGACAGUGAUGAGAUUGUUUCCUUAGGUGAUUUUUCUGACACCUCUAUAGAUGAAAAUUCACUUAAGAAAACAAUAAAUGAUUUCCAGAUAUCAGAUGAUGAAGAAAAUAAUUCUCCUAAACUAUCUUUUUUGAAAACCAAGAAAUCAAAUAGUGACUCAAUGGAAGAGGAGCCAGGCUUCUCUAAUAAAAAGGACGAGGAAAUGGCGCCUGGGAAUUGUGAAGACAGGGUUGUAAAUCCCUUAUCUGAGUCUCAAAAUGAAGACCAGGAAACUGAAAAAGAGAAACUCCAAAUGAAACCUAAACCCAGAAUUCUUCCAAUCAAAAACACAGCUUCAGCAGAAAACAGCAGCAGCCUUGAAGCAGAAAACCACUUCACACCUUCACCUCGGCCAAGGAGCAUGUUGAAAAAGCACAGGCUCCAGGAAGAAAAAGAUGGGCUGGGAGAAGAGAGAGAAACUGCCCUCCGGGAAGAACUAGAGGCACAUCCUGCACCUUCAUCCCUCCCAGAGCUGAAGGAAAGACAGCCAGAAGCUGAGGAAAAAACAUUCUCUGAAGACCUUGACCCUGAGGAUCCAUGGUUAACAAGUUUGUCAUCAUCAUCCCUUAAAGAAAGUUUUGGAGAUUCCCUUUCACCAGGAUCUGGGGAAAAAACAUCUAUAAAAGAUCGAAAUGAAGAAUUCACUGAAAACCAUCAUUCCUUGAAAUCAGACGAAAAUGAAGAUAAUUCAUUUUUGAUAGACUUUGUUACUUCUGCACUUGAGAAAUCCAAGGAAGGGCAAGUGACUUCUGAUGACCUUGAAGAAAACAAGGAGAAAGUUAAAUUGGAAAUGAAUGAUGACUUAACUGUUGAUCCACCACUAUCUCAGCAGAAUUUAAGAUCUACAAGUGCAACUGAAUCUGCAAAGAAAACAACUGAAGAUAGAAAUAAGAAGAAUAAACAGUCAGCAAAUAAUAGAGCAUCCAGUGCCUCCGGCAGAUUAAUGACCUCUGAGUUUUUAAAGAAUUCUAGUUCUAUAAGGAGAACUCCAUCGAAAACUACCUCUUCUCACUAUUUAGGGACUUUGAAAGUCUUGGAUCAAAAGUCCUCACACAAACAGAACAAAGAACCUGACAAAGCAGAUAACAUAAGGGCAGCUGUUUAUCAGGAGUGGUUAGAGAAGAAAAAUGUAAAAAUACAUGAAAAGCACAGAAUUAAAAGGAUUGAAAGUGAAAAUUCAAGGAUCGAAAAUGAACAGAAAAGAGCUGCUAAGAGAGAAGAAGCCUUAGCAUCAUUUGAGGCCUGGAAGGCUUUGAAGGAAAAGGAAGCUAAGAAAAUAGCUGCAAAAAAAAGGCUUGAGGCCAAAAACAAGAAGAAAACUGAAGAAGAAAAUGCUGCGAGAAAAGAAGAAGCACAACAUGCUUUUGAAAGAUGGAAAGAAAAAAAGAUAGAAUAUCUUAAAGAGAAAAAUAAAAAGGAAAAAGAAUAUGAAAGAGCAAAGAAACAGAAGGAGGAGGAAACUAUUGCUGAGAAAAAGAAAGACAACCAAACUGCUGUGGAAAAAUGGAAUGAAAAAAAAGAAGCUUUUUUGAAAGAAAAGGGGAAAGAGAAAAUCAAUGAAAAAAGGAAAGAAGAACUGAAAAGAGCUGAGAAAAAAGAUAAAGAUAAACAGGCUAUUGAUGAAUAUGAAAAAUGGCUGGAAAAGAAAGAAAGGCAGGAAAGAAUGGAACGAAAAGUAAAAAAACGUCAUUCCUUUCUUGAAAAUGAGGCACUUCCUCCAUGGAGUCCUCCAAGCAGAACUGUGUUCUCAAAAGUGAUUUGAUAAUUCUACUUCUUGCAUUAUUUAGUUAUUAAUUCAGUAAUGUUAGCCAUAGUUUUAAAACUACGUAUCCAGUUAUUUAUAGUUAGAAUAUUUAUUUUAAAUUAAAUGCCAGCCACUUCUGCUGAUCAUGAAAAGGAUGCUUUGGAGCUUAACCAGUGAAAACAUGGAAAGUGGUUGUUGAGCUGUAGAUAAACCUCAAAUGAAAAGCUCUAAUCAUCAGAAUGCUCUUACCUUUAAAAUACCCUUUAUCAUGUGCUGAGGAUUCUUACAAUCAGGUGAUCAGUGAUCACUUUCUCUAUGCUGUUCAGGUUAUUUAAGUAUGUUUAUUCCCAAUAGUAAAAAGGAAACCAUUUAGGUACAAUAACUAUAGAAAUAAUCGAAUUUAUAUAUGAUUAUACAUCUAGAUUCAGGUUUUUAAGUGAAUGGUUGCUGGGGAGUAUGAAUAUAUUAUUCUAAAAUUGAUCUUUAGCUCAAAGCAGUUGCAUUUGCACUUUGCAAGCUAGAAUUUUGGUCAACUGAGGGAGUAGUUCAGUAGAAUGCUAAUCAUUGAGGCAUUUUAUUUAAGAAUUCUGUCUUAUGUUUUAAUAUGAAUGAGCUUUACCUGUUCUCGGCUUAUGUGACAAUCACAGGCACUUUGUCAUGGGGAGACCUCUGAAAUUUGUCUUUUUAAAUUCUAUCUCGCUUUAUUGUUUCAGUGAUACCAAAAAGAUAUCCAUUCCAUGGUAGUGAUAUACUUACACAUUAGUUAUGGAAAUUCCACAAGAAUUCAAGGUCAUUAUCACUAUUAUUAUUUUCCAGACUGAAGCCAUAAAAUUGAU